ACACAAUAAUCCUCAAUAUGGCUUUCACUCCCGGAGGACGAGGUGGUCGCGGCGGCGCCCCACGCGGUGGCGGACGCGGUGGCUUUGGCGACAGAGGCGGCCGUGGUGGCUCAAGAGGCGGAUUCGGCGGUGACCGCGGUGGGCGCGGCGGACGGGGCGGUGGUCGUGGAGGUGGUGACCGAGGAAGAGGAGGAGGCCGAGGCCGUGGUGCUCCUCGUGGGCGUGGAGGUCGUGGUGGUGGAGCGCCUGGCGCAAAGGGUGGUCAAAAGGUCAUCAUCGAGCCACACAGACACGCGGGUGUCUUCGUCGCUCGCGGCAAGGAAGACUUGCUCGUCACGAAGAACUUGACUCCCGGCGAGGCCGUCUACGGCGAGAAGCGCAUUUCCAUCGAUACUCCUUCGACUACAACCGGCGAUGCGUCCAACGGCGACGCUGUCACCACCAAGACCGAGUACCGUGUAUGGAACCCCUUCCGAUCGAAGUUGGCUGCUGGUAUUCUUGGAGGUCUGGAGGACAUCCACAUGAGGCCUGGCAGCAAGGUUCUUUACCUUGGUGCUGCUUCUGGUACCUCCGUCUCUCACGUUGCUGACAUUGUCGGCCCUACUGGUACCGUCUUCGCUGUCGAGUUUUCCCACCGAUCAGGCCGUGAUCUCAUCAACAUGGCGACACACCGCACGAACGUCAUCCCUAUCGUCGAGGACGCCCGUCACCCACUGAAGUACCGCAUGCUCGUCAGCAUGGUUGACUGCAUCUUCGCCGAUGUUGCUCAACCCGAUCAAGCACGUAUCGUCGGCCUUAACGCCCACCAGUUCUUGAAGGUGGGUGGUGGUGUGCUCAUCUCCAUCAAGGCAAGCUGUAUCGAUUCGACCGCAUCGCCAGAAGCCGUAUUCGCAAGAGAAGUUGUCAAGCUCAGGGAAGAGCGCAUCAAGCCAAAGGAGCAGCUCACGUUGGAGCCUUUCGAGCGAGACCACGCCAUGGUCGUCGGUGUGUACCAACGGUCCGGAUAAAGCGAAAGCUUUCCGGCUUUGUCAAGAUGAAUGACGAUGUUACAAAGAAAUUCGGUUCAGUAUGGCGUUUUGCGGCGCACAGAAGGCGCAUCGAAUAUGCCGAGAAGGCAAGGCUUGGUGCUGGCGAUUUUGAUUUGACUUACUACUGGUGUGUUAGAAUCGAUAACACUGUAAAGCACCUUUCACUCCGACCUCCUCCAAUGAGGACCAGUUCUCACAACGGCGAAUCGGACGCUCGCGAGGAAGUAUACGCACGGAUGUCAAAUUGCAAUGCAGCCCUAUCUCCAUGGCUAUCGUUGUGCCGCUUUCAAGAAGUGCAAGAAUAAUGCAGAAAACUGCCUCGCUAACCCAGAUUUCCGACUCGCACUUUGGCGACGUUGGAGGGCGCAGGGCCAACAUACAUUUGCUCAGUUGGGGCUAAUUUGGACUGCUCAUGGAGCUCAAGAAUGUGUUUCACUGUCUGUACGCUUCUCAUAGCCCUGCACACCUCGCCUAACCCCAUACAGUACAUAUCUUACAACCAAGUUGUCUCAAAAAUCGCCGUCAAACAAAGAAUCUCCA